AUGCCCUCCCUCGUGGUUGUCACUAUCCAAUCGGCCAUCCUCAAAGCAGGCGCCAAUAUCACGGCUCAGACUCUAUCACAAUGGGGAACAGAAGCACCAGCCGAAAUGGACUGGGCUCGAGUAGUUGAAUUCGCUGUAUUUGGCUUGGUCUCUGCGCCCUUGGUCUCCCUUUGGCAAAGUGUUUUGGAGGAAACUUUCCCAACUCAGAAUGGCGUUGUUGGGCCAACCCCCGAACCAAACCCCCACGCUCAAUCUUCUACUCGAAAGUCCGACGAACAAUAUCGGGUCAACUGGUGCAAUGUUCUUGUGAAACUUUUGUUGGACCAAACCAUUGGAUUAUGCUUCACAAACGUCGUAUUCAUCACUUGCACCACUGGGGCCAGACUCCAAAGCACAAGCCUCCUGGUUCGCGAAAUUGAAGCGAGAAUAGUCGGAAUUAUGAAGGCUGGGUGGAGGAUUUGGCCUCUCGUUGCCCUUUUCAAUUUCCUAUGCGUUCCCUUGCAAUGGAGAGUGGCCGUGGCAUCUAUUAUUGGAUUUGGCUGGAAUAUCAUCCUCAGUUUCCUGUCGAAGUAA